AUGACGGAGAGCGAGGAGGACAAAUGCAGUGUGCGCCAUUUCAGAAAGCAGCCUAAACUAAAAGGUAAUGUUGACACAGUCAAGAUAACUGAGUCGACACUAACAUUACAAUGGAAUAAGGUUGACAAUAACAUAAAUUACAAUUACACACUGAGCUACAAUGAUCAGAAUGAAAGUAUCAGUGGAUCAGUGGAUGAUGUAAUCACACACACAGUUGAAAAUCUAGCUGCUGGGACUAAAUACAACUUCAGCCUCUACACUGUGUCUGAAGAAGCUCAGAGCACUGGAUACAGCUUUGCCGCUGUCACUACUCCCAGUAAUGUUGCUAACGUUUAUGUAAAAUAUCACAGUGAGACUGUGUUAAUAUUGGAAUGGGAUAAAGUGAACAACAACAGCAAUUACAAUUAUUUACUGAGCUACAAUAAUCAGACUGACACCAUCAGUGGAUUGGGAGGAGGUUCUACAGUGACACACACAGUUACAGAUCUUACUGCUGGGACUGAAUACAACUUCAUUCUCUACACUGUCUUUAAAGAGGUUCUGAGUUCAGGGCACAGUUUUACUGCUGUCACUACUCCCAGUAAUAUUGCCAACAUUUAUGUAAAAUAUCGCAGUGAGACUGUGUUACUAUUGGAAUGGGAUAAAGUGAACAACAACAGCAAUUACAAUUAUUUACUGAGCUACAAUAAUCAGAAUGUCACCAUCAGUGGAUUGGGAGGAGGUUCUACAGUGACACACACAGUUCAAAACCUUACUGUUGGCACUGAAUACAACUUCAUUCUCUACACUGUUUUUAAAGAGAUUCUGAGUGCAGGGCACAAAUUUCCUGCUGUCACUAUUCCAAAUGUGGUUACUGGGUUAUACUGUCAGUACUCAUCAGGUGGUUAUGGUCUAACUCUUGUUUGGGAUCCUCCAAAUGGAGGGAGGACAGCUGUACAGGUCAACAUAAAAAGCAGGAGCUUUAAUCAAACAGGGGAAAGACUGUAUAUCGAUGGACUAAUGCCAGCCCAGUGGUACACCCUUAGUGUCUCCGCACUCUCUGGGCCUGAGCGGAGUAUCCCAGUUUCAAUCACCUGUCAGACUGACCCAAGAGGAGCCAUAGCGGGUGUUCUAACAGUUCUUCUGGCUAUUCUCAUCCUUUGUAUUGGUAUCUUUAUAUGGCAUCACAGGUCAAGGUUAUUCAGUAAUAGCAAGUUCAAAUCCUCUAAUGAGCCCAAACUGUCCAGUAAUAUCUACAAACCAAUCCCCCUGAAGAACUUCCCAAUGCAUUUUAGCACCAUGAGCCGUGAUCAGAACUGUGGCUUUAUUGGGGAAUAUGAGGAUUUAAGUAGAGUAGGUACAGAUCAGAGCUGUGCAGCUGCUACACUUCCUGAAAACAAGAGCAAGAACUGUUUUACAAAUGUAUUAGCCUAUGAUUCAUCUCGUGUGAAGAUUGCUCCACAGACUGGCUCUAACACAGACUACAUCAAUGCUAACUAUAUUCAUGGUUAUGACAAGGAAAAGCAGUACAUUGCUGCACAGGGUCCUCUCCCCUCCACUGUCAAUGACUUCUGGAGAAUGGUGUGGGAGCAGAAGUCUUCAGCUAUUGUCAUGCUGACUAAUUGUACUGAAGGAGGAAGGAUUAAGUGUGAGCAGUAUUGGCCAAUGGAUGACAUGCCCUGCCUCUACGGAAACUUGCGUGUAUCUGUCCUGUCAGAGCAAAAAGAGAGUUGCUGGACACGAAGAGCUUUAGUUGUCAGAAAUGAAUCUGCCUCUGAAGCGCAUAUAGUAGCACAUUUCCAAUUUACUGCAUGGCCUGAUCAUGGAGUUCCUACAGGAACGGAAGCUUUGAUUGAGUUCCGAUGGAUUGUUCGGCAGCACAUCGAGACUUUCUCAUUUAGUGGACCAACAGUGGUACAUUGCAGUAAUGGAGUGGGUAGGACAGGUACUCUCAUUGCCCUUGAUUUGUUACUGCAGCAGAUGGAUAAAGAGGAAGAAGUCAGUGUUGCUGACUGUGUACAUCGCAUGAGGCUUAGUCGACCUCUCAUGGUAGAGACUCAGUCUCAGUACGUGUUCCUGCACCAGUGCAUCAUGGAUUCUCUAAAGCCUGAAGAAUGUGCUAUUCCUGAGCCUAUAUAUGAAAAUCCUGAUAUAAUUUAUGCUAAUGCACUGGUUCUAAGACAGUUUAAAGCAGACAACCCAGGUGUCUAAACAUACAUGCAUGCACACACAUAUGCACACACAUACAAACGCUCAUUGCGUUGCUGGCAAAACAGUACAACAAUACCACACUACUGCUCUUGUAAUAUACUGUAAUAACCUUUCAGCAGACACCCUAAGAAAUUUUGGCCAACCCACUUCUGCAACACAUUUUGUGGUAUCGCAUGUAACUUCUCCAUAAGAAGGCCUUCGUACAGGCCAAGCCAUAAAAACUACAGACAUGAAACUAAACCAUUAUGUUGUAAAAGAAGAAUUAGUAAGCACUCUGUUCUACGCCAUCAACUUCCUGGCAUACACCAUUAAUAUCAAGCAACCACAGUAGCAAAUAUCUGAAAUACCAUAGCAAAAAUGUAGCAUCAUGAUAGUUUACAUCUGGGAUAGCAUACAUCUUUUUUUUUUUUGCAUACUUGUAACACUGAAAUGAUUUAUAUCAUCAAUUUUUAAUAUUACACAAAAAUAACCAGAUUAAACACAAAAUGCACUUUUUUUAAACAAUGAUUUCAUUUACUAAGAGAAGAAGCUCCAGCCUGCAUGGCUCUAUGUGAACAGUAAUUGCACACUAACCUUAUAACUGGUUGUGCCACCCUUGGCAUUCUUUCACGUCGCUUUAGAGGAACUUUGGCCCACUCUUCUUUUUAGAAUUGUUUUAAUUUAGCCACAUUGGAGGGUUUUUAAGUCCGAACUUUG